UCUAUCUAUCUCUGUCCAUUCUAGGUUCUCAAACUAGUGAUUCAACCAAGGAAAUUCCUGCCUGGCCUUUUGCUCUUUGGGAUUCAGUGUCUUUGGGAGUGGGGCUAGGAUUUUACAUUAGAAAAUGUAGGUAAAUGGUGAGGGUGACAGAAGGGCAGCUUUGAGAACCAUUGCCCUGGAGCUUGUACUUGGUGAGCAGGUACCAGCCCAGUAUUCUCUGUGAUGAAGUUCUUGGCAGUUAGCCUUGUAUAAUUACAGUGUGUACAGUUUCCAAGGAGACCCACAUUCUGUCAUUUCAGUCACAGUAUGGCCUCCAGAUGAAUAGCGCUGGAGGUCGUCGUGAUCCAAAGGCCCUUGCUUUCAUGGCAGCAGCAGUGAUGAAAUUGGACACAUUAGAAGACAGAGAGUUACAGGGUGUUGACAAACCUCUUAGGACCGUGGAAGGCUGAAUGGAUUAAACAUGAAGAGCUUGAAAGCAAAGUUCAGGAAGAGUGAUACCAAUGAGUGGAACAAGAAUGAUGACCGCCUGCUGCAGGCCGUGGAGAACGGAGACGUGGAGAAGGUGGCCUCGCUGCUGGGCAAGAAGGGAGCCAGCGCCACCAAGCACGAUAGCGAGGGCAAGACCGCUUUUCAUCUGGCGGCUGCAAAAGGACACGUGGAAUGCCUCAGGGUCAUGGUUACACAUGGUGUUGAUGUGACUGCCCAAGAUACUGCCGGACACAGCGCUUUACACCUGGCAGCCAAGAACGGCCAUCCCGAAUGCAUCAAGAGGCUCCUUCAGUCCAAAUGCCCAGCUGAAAAUGUCGAUAGCUGUGGGAAAACAGCUUUACAUUAUGCAGCGUCGCAGGGCUGCCUUCUGGCUGUGCAGGCCCUGUGUGAGCACAAGAGCCCUAUAAACCUCAAGGACUUGGAUGGAAAUAUACCACUGCUUCUUGCAGUACCAAAUGGCCACAGUGAGGUCUGUCGUUUUCUCCUGGAUCAUGGAGCAGAUGUCAAUUCCAGGGACAAAAAUGGAAGGACUGCUCUCAUGCUGGCUUGUGAGAUUGGCAGCUCUCACAUUGUGGAAGCCUUAAUUAAAAAGGGUGCAGACCUAAACCUUGUAGAUUCUCUUGGACACAAUGCCUUACAUUAUUCCAAACUCUCAGAAAAUGCAGGAAUUCAAAGCCUUCUAUUAUCAAAAAUCGCUCAGGAUACUGAUUUAAAGACCCCCGUGAAACCAAAGCAGCAUGAUCAAGUCUCUAAAAUAAGCUCAGAAAGAAGUGGAACUCCAAAAAAACGCAAAGCUCCACCACCUCCUAUCAGUCCUACCCAGUUGAGUGAUGUGUCUUCUUCAAGAUCAAUAACUUCCACACCACUUUCAGGAAAAGAAUCAGUAUUUUUCACUGAAGCGCCAUUCAAGGCUGAGAUUAGUUCCAUCCAAGAAAACAAAGAGAGACUUAGUGACAGUACUACGGGUGCUGAUAGCUUGUUAGAUGUAAGUUCUGAAGCUGACCAGCAAGAUCUUCUUGUCCUAUUGCAAGCAAAAGUUGCUUCCCUCACCUUACACAAUAAAGAGUUACAAGAUAAAUUGCAGGCGAAGUCACCGAAGGAGGUAGAAGCAGACCUAAGCUUUGACUCUUUGCAUUCUACCCAAACUGACCUAGCUCCAGCCCUGGGCAAAUCUGGUGAAGGCUCGCCCCCAGACUCCGGAUCAUCUCCAUCCGUCUUAGCACAUUCUUUGGGGAAAUCCACUAUUGACAGCGACGUUAGAAUCCAGCAACUACAAGAGACUUUACAAGACUUGCAGAAGAGAUUAGAGAGCUCUGAGUCAGAGAAGAAGCAGCUACAGGCUGAACUUCAGUCUCGAAAUGCAGACCUGGUGUGCUUGAACAGCACAGAGAUUUCAGAGAAUGGCUCUGAUCUCAGUCAGAAACUGGAAGAAACUCAGACCAAGUACAAGGAGGCCAUGAAAGAGGUCCUCAGUGUGCAGAAGCAGAUGAAACUGGGUCUCCUUUCCCAUGAGAAUGAGGAUAGCCACUCACCUCUUAGUGAGGCAGGAGUCACUGACGAGAUAGAUGUGCUAAAGCGAGAUCUGCAGAAUGCAUUGGAAGAAAGUGAAAGAAAUAAAGAGAAGGUGAAAGAGUUAGAAGACAAACUGGUGGAGAGGGAGAAAGGUGGAGAGACUAAGCCACCUGUGGAAGAGUAUGAGGAAAUGAAAAGUUCAUAUUGCUCUGUAAUUGAGAAUAUGAAUAAGGAGAAGGCAUUUUUGUUUGAGAAGUACCAAGAGGCCCAAGAAGAAAUCAUGAAGUUAAAAGACACACUACAAAGUCACGUGACACAGGAAGCCAGUGAUGAAGCUGGAGACAUGAAAGAGGCCAUGAACAGGAUGAUAGAUGAGCUCAAUAAACAGGUGAGCGAACUGUCCCAGCUCUACAAGGAAGCCCAGGCUGAGCUGGAGGAUUAUAGAAAGAGGAAAUCUCUGGAGGAUGUGACCGCCGAAUAUAUCCACAAAGCUGAGCAUGAGAAAUUGAUGCAAGUGACCAAUGUGUCCAGGGCUAAAGCUGAAGAGGCGCUCUGUGAAAUGAAGUCUCAGUAUUCAAAAGUGUUGAACGAGUUGACGCAGCUCAAACAACUUGUGGACGCACAGAAGGAGAACUCUGUGUCCAUCACAGAGCAUUUACAAGUGAUAACCACGCUGCGGACUACUGCCAAAGAGAUGGAAGAAAAAAUAAGCCAUUUGAAAGAGCACCUUGCCAACAAGGAAGUAGACAUAGCAAAGCUGGAGAAACAGCUCCUGGAAGAGAAAGCUGCAAUGAACGAGGCGAUGGUACCCAGAUCUUCCUAUGAGAAGCUCCAGUCAUCCUUAGAAGGCGAAGUGAGUGUGUUGGCAGCAAAAUUAAAGGAUUCCAUCAAGGAAAAAGAGAAAGUCCAUUCCGAGGUGGCCCAAGUGCGAAGUGAGGUCUCACAAAUGAGAAGGGAGAAGGAAAACAUUCAGACUCUCUUGAAAGCCAAAGAGCAAGAAGUAAAUGAGCUACUGCAGAAAUUCCAGCAGGCUCAGGAAGAACUUGCUGAAAUGAAAAGAUACUCUGAAAGCUCUUCAAAACUGGAGGAGGAUAAAGACAAAAAGAUAACUGAGAUGUCAAAAGAAGUCACCAAAUUGAAGGAGGCCCUGAAUAGCCUGUCUCAGCUCUCCUACUCAACCAGCUCAUCCAAAAGACAGAGCCAGCAGCUGGAGACACUGCAGCAGCAGGUCAAGCAGCUCCAGACCCAGUUGGUCGAAUGCAAGAAACAACACCAGGAGGUCAUAUCCGUUUAUAGAAUGCAUCUUCUGUAUGCUGUGCAGGGCCAGAUGGAUGAAGAUGUUCAGAAAGUACUGAAGCAAAUCCUGACCAUGUGUAAAAACCAAUCCCAAAAGAAGUAAAUGUAGAUUCCUUGGCAGGACAUUGACCCUUGGUGUCUCGCUUUAUGUCAGAACCCGUUGUUGGUGACCACUGCCAUUGUUCUUAUUCGUGGUAUGCACUGUGACCUAGCAUAGCUUCCUUCUUUCUAAAGGUUUCUGAGGACUGCUCUCAGGAGAAGAGGCCCUCUUCAGAACCUCCUAGAGACUUCACACCAGCAGAGGGAAGUGUCCCUGACAUCCUUUGAGAUUCCAUAGCUGGGAACAGCCAUCACCAAAGGUCUGGUCCUGAUGUUGGCAGGUGGCCACCCUCCCUGGUACCCAGCCAACUGAGCGGCUUCACAAGUCUGCCCACUGCUUCAGUGCCUGCCCUCGGGCUGUGUCAUUAGCACAGGAGAGCUCUUUUUGCCUUUGGCUUUCAAUCCCAAAACAUGAUUUCAUUUCUGGCCAAAUUAUUACAACAUUAGUUAUGAAGACCCUUUAUCAUGAUAAUCCUGUGGAUUUUUUUUAAAACUAUACUUCCGUCUUUUCCCCUAGUUGCCAUACAUCUUAUCACCCUGCUAAUCACCCUACAACUUGAUGAGCACUGCUCUCUAAAAUAUGGUCUAACAACAAAAGCAAACUGUCCUUUAAAAGGUUUUUUUUUCCUUUUUUUCAGUAAGUCAUUGACAUAUUGCAAAUUUUCUAUGCAAACUUGCCUCCUGCUAUUAUCCAUGAAGCUCAGGAAAUCCAAAUAUUUGUGUUUCAACAAGGGACAGUAAACUGUAUGUUUACAGCCAAAAGAAAUGCCUCAUAGUUCCUAACCUCAAUUUUUUAAAGUGUCUUUUUUUCUCUAUAAUAUUUUUAUUGGCUCCUAAAGAUGUUUUCCUGUCUCAACCCCUAAAUAAGUAAAAUUAUACUAGAUUAUAUUAACAGAAUAUUUUUUAGGUAACCAUGCUUGCCUCAUAAAAACUUUUUCCUCCAAGUUUUCAGCUGUAGCCAAGGGUAGUUAAUGUACUCCAAACUUAAUAUGAGCUGCCACCAAUAACCCCUAGGACUUUCUAUCACUGUCUUCUCUAAAUUUGUAUCACAUUUCUCAAUAUAAUCAAUUUUUUUUUACUGACUGAAUAUGUUUGGAUGUCCCCCACUCUGCAAGCAGCCAUAAAUUAUGUUUAAGGCCUAUUAUUAGUACAAGUCCAUUUUUCAACUUUGAAACAAAAUCCUGAUAUGGUAACGUGGUGCAUAGCAAAAGUCUGGGGGGACAGGAGGGCAGAGAAAUAGUUCUGUUCGCGUUACUAUUAAGCUGGAAAGUGUUUCUAACUUGCUUGUGGCUUGUCUUAUUGCAUUGAUCUUGAGGGAGAUAAGUAGAAGACUGCUGAGAGUGGAGGCCUGUUCCGACAGGGCCCGUACGUACCACAGGGCUGCCGGGCUCAGAGGGUGCUUGGCUCAACUGGAAGAUUUGUUCAUUUGUACUGGAGGACCAACGACAUCAAAACAAACAUGGCUUUAAGCUUGGUGUUGUUACUUAUUCUUAAGUUGUUUAAUUAUCAUGAAGCAAUUCCAAAUAUGCUCUGAAGAAAUGUGAAAGGACUUUUUGUCACAACACUUAAGAAAAUACAAAACAACUCUCCCCCUCCCACCCCCGUUCUCACCCCCCACCCCUGCACAGAAAUGCUGCAGUGUUUAAAACUUGAGACAUUUUGUAGGAUGCCUGACAAAGUGUUUGUAGCCCUUUAUCUUGUUUCAGGAUGCAUAUUUAUUACAAGUACUCUGGUUAAAUAUUGAAAAGUUAUAUACUGUAGUUCAGUAUUUUGUCUUUGUAAUUUACAGAAGUAAUUGCAGAAAAUAAACUUGUUACCUUUUGCAUCUCUCUUGUUGAUUUUUUUUUCUGUAUUCAUAAGUAUGGCGUGGCUUCUGAAGCUCAGUAGCAUUUUGGGGUGAGGGAUGCUGAGUGGGGGGAGAGGGCCCCACUUUGUCAUGCUAAGGCUUAGGCCAUCUGUCUCCCAGCUCUGCCCUAGGUAGUGGCCACUUUGGGACAGUUAGGUCACAGUCCUUUAAUUCAGAAUUACCUCUUGUUUGAGCUGUGUUCUUUAUAUCUGUUUGGAAGAUUUCACUGGAUUUCCCCCCUCGUUUUCUCCUUUUUUGUCCUUAAUAGUAAGACAUGGUUUAAAACAACUGAAUAAGUGAUAUUAAUUUUGUUCUUACAUAACUUGGUUAGGACAGGUUCCAAAGUUCUUAGCAAUUAAACUCACCCAUCUUAAGAUAACAUGAUAUGCUGUGUGGUGAGAAAACUAAGAGCAUGUUGAAGCACCGCCUUUUGUGGCAUGAUAGAAUCUGGAAUGUGUGCUGACAACAGCAGAAAUACCAUUCAGCGAAGAUGGGGGUGAUGCUUGUUUAGCAGAACUAUAAGACAAACUGCAAAGAGAAAGUUGGAAAAAGCAACAGACCAAGGAAGCAAGACAUGUCUGUGUCAGAACAGAGACCUGUCAGGCAUGAUGGCCUAUUGGAGAAAUCAAAGUAAGUUCAACCCUCAGAGUCAUCGUAAAUGGAUCUUAAAAUCUGGCUGAGGAAAUGGGCAAUGUGGCAACCAGCCACGGAAAGGCUCCUCUGAGAAGCCCCAAGAGACAGUGGCGAGAAGGGUGGAGAUUCCUUCACAUUUAUUACAAAGCAGGCCUACAGUGGGGGUAACAACCCAAUGAAAUCGAGAAUUGAUUAGAUACUCCAGAUUAUGAAAUGAAAAAUGUUCUUGUUUUUCUUUCUUAAAGAGGAAAAAUGAAGCCAGGUACAACCAACUGAUAGAAGCCCCUACACCAGAAAAUGGUAGAGGGGUCUUUAAAGCCAUGUAAAAUAAGUGCCCUCCCCAAAAAUGUCCAUCCUUGUAAUCCUUGGAACCUGUGAAUAGGCUAAGUCCUAUGGCACGGGAUAAAGUUAGUAAUCAGUUGAGCUG